AUGGCCAAAGGCGCACGAGCAAGCAGCAAAAAGGCGAAUCGCACCAAGCUUCGCGCCAAUGUAUUUGGCCCCGUAGAGCAGGCGCGCGCCGAGCGCCUGCACGCCAAACUUCUCGAGACGAUUGCGCAGCCCAAACCCGAAAAGACGGACAUGGAAACCGAAGAAACCAGCGCCGCCGACGAUGCCACCAAGGAGGAGGACUUGCCCAAAGAUAUGGACGUUGACGCUGCCGCCACCUCUGCAAAGAACUCGCGCAAGAACAAGGACAAGAGCCAGACCCGGAAACAACUUCGCCGCAGACCUCAGAACAGGGUCUCUUUCCCCGCCUCGCGAGGCAAGGGCGCGCUGAAGCCCUUUACCGGUGGACGCACCGGCGGACGUGUCGCGAAACGAAGAUCAUGA